GUGGAGUCUGUCAGUCUGUUGCCAAAGUGCCAGUCCUCCGUUUCACCCUCUGCUGCGGCGUGCAGCCCAGAUUUCUUCGACUUUCAUUGCGACCUCUGGUUGAGCCAAGGCCGGCAUCCACGAUCACAGUUUGCUUGUCUGGUCAGGUCUGAUAGAUGGUGCAUCACGCUGAUAUGGAGGAGAGCACUGCCGCUGGCAUCAACACCGAGAGACCGGAAGCAGUGGAAGCACCUCCUUCUGAGAUGCCCAGUUCUCCAAUCGACGAUUUUGCAUCUUCGGUCUUUCUGAAUGCCCAUCCUCUCCUGCAUCACGAGACAGGAGAAAAGCACGAAGAGAGCUUUGACGAUGCAACGUCCGAUAUAGCACUCUCAGACGAUGGUGACACUGCAUCACAACGCUCCAUUGCGCUGUCUUCGCCUCCGCACUCGCCUCGCCACAGUGCCUCCAGCGCCGCUGUACAUCAACCCAACGAGGAAACGUCCUCUGCGACCGCGCAGAUCAACCUUGUCCGCGAGAGCUUGUCGUUUUCCAAGCGCAAUACUAUGGAUACGGUCUUUAGCUCGGAGGUAGAUGAUGACCGGAGCCUCUUUACUCAAAGGCUCGACGAGGGCGAGUCUCCCGUCUCUAGCGUCGCCCCAUCUGUGAACGAAAUCGAGAAGUCUCCAAUUUUGGACGCAGGACCGUCGUCAUCGCCGAUUGUCUCCACACCUCCUUCUCGACAAUCGGACGUGCCCAGCAGGAGCGACACGGAGAGUCUCGCAUCCUUCACCUCGGAGGCGACGUCCUACUCGAGAAAGGCAAGGCCGGAGUCUCUGCUACCUCAGGCCAUGCAAGGUCCUCUCGUGCUUGGAAUUGCUCUCGUGGACUUUGAUCAUAUGGUUGGCCCUAAGAUCGAAUUUUCGAGAGGAGACAUUUUCGAAGACGAGGAGAUAGCCAAGAUUCUCCCAUUUCUUGCCCUGCCUGACGGUGCCCACCUAACAUCCGAAGACUAUUCCUACUUUCACCUAGUGCCCUCUUCGCCCAAUCCUAGUACCGUCUUCGGAAUCUCAUGUAACCGACAAAUCAGCACGUCUGAAUUACUGGUGCGGGAUGCCGAUAUGACGCGUUCUACGGUUCAGAAAGCAGUCGUCGUUCUUGCUUCCAAGCCUGUGUUUGGCCUCAUCCGGGAUCGACUUGGGGUGAUCACACGGGCGUUGUUUGCUCAGCGUGACUUUUCUGACAUGAGUAUACUGGACGAUUUCCACACGUCAUUGGAGCGUUCUCUCCGAAGCCAAAUGACGGAAAGUGGACUAUAUAUGGGGACGAGUCUUCGGGAGCUGGUGCACACAUUCCGACAGCGGACGCUUGUUCUCCUCAAGGCACUCAUGCUGCAGAAGAAAAUCAUGUUCUUUGGCCAUCCUGUAGAACGGCUAUGCACAUAUCAGUAUUCGUUAAUCACCCUCGUUCCUGGUCUGCUACAGAACCUCGAAGAUUGUGGCUCACCGCCGCUAGCGACUCGCGCCCAAACACUGUCACGCCCUACGUCAUUACGUACUUCCGAUCCGAAGAGCGUGAUGGCAUACGUCGGACUGCCACUUGACUUGUUUGGCAAGGACGCAUUCUUCCAACCAUAUCUACCUCUCCAGCAACUCGAUAUGCUGAAAGACACGCAAGGCUGGUUAUGCGGAAGCACCAACACGAUCGUGACGCAGCAGAAGGAGGUCGAUGUGCUGGUCAACAUUGAGACUGGCACUAUGGAGUUCCGGGAUCCGAAGCUCGAACGAGUGACGGGAUUGACCCCUGCGGACAGGAAAUGGAUCGAUGAUAUCGUGAAGGAUGUCAACGAGGCAUUCGUUGAAGAUCCUACGCUCCCAUUGGGCAUGCAUUUCAAGGGUAGUGAUGACUAUUUACGAGAGAAGUUCAACGAGUAUAUCUCGGGCGCAUUGGCAAGUGUGAAGUAUGCUGCUUUCUUAUCCAAGGCACAUGGCGGUGGUGUCUCCAUUAUGGAUGGCGCAGGGGAUCCCAAUUCAGCGCAAGACUUCAACCCUUUCUGGAUUCAAGAGUUCAAGAAGACCAAUGCGUACGAAGUAUGGGAGCGUGUCACAGAUCCGAUGCUCUUCGAUAUCGUCGAAGCGCGGCAUCCGUGCAGCGAGAAGCCGUCUGUGGUUUCUGAUAUAGGGCUCCGGCUGUCUGAGGGCAUCCAAGAACUGAAACUUGAUCAGCAACUUGCGCCUACGCGGGAGGCCAUUUCACGCACGUUCGCCGUUGGCUCGACUAACCUCUUCAAAGCUGUGGAGGGUGUUCGUAGUAGAUGGGCAUCGCGAACCACGAGUUCAUCUAGCAGUGGUCAGAAUACUCCGAUGGCAUCUGCUACUACCUCAACAGACGGGUCGGCAGGUACAACCAGCACAUCAAGCAGUGCAGAUGAUAUGAACAAGGCGGAUACAAGUGUGGAUAGUUCCUCCUCGCCGGGACCAGCGUUGGGACAGUUACGCAGAGGGACAUCGGAUGGGCCACAGCCUGCAAAGCGCCAGAGCGGGUUGCGGCCACUCAGUAUGGCAAUGACCCACCCUGUGCCACCACCGCCCCCCGAUCAGAGUCGGUUCAGUGGAUGGGUCGGCUCGUUCUUCGCUCAGCGGGUGUCUCGGGCUUCCAUGGCAUCAUCGUCCUCGCGGUCAACGAGCGGCACAGGGAGUCCGAGCCAGUCACCGCGCAACUCUACGCCCGUAGCGACGCCUCCCCCGCUGCCAGCGAGAGACAGCAUGAGCAAUGCAUCGGUCACGGAGAGCAUGAGACUGCACGAGCAGAAGUUGGUGGAGGAGGAGGAGGAGGAGGAGGAGGAGGAGGAGGAGGAGGAGUUGCAGCCUAGGAACCUGGACGAGAUGGACACCAGCCAGACGGCUGAGCAUGGACAGCUUGAAGCCGAGCCAGCGGGUACUGGCAUGGCUCUUUGA